AUGGGAUCUUCAUAUACCUACCCUAUCACCGGUAUCAAGACUGCCGAAAUCAAGCGCAACUUCGACAUUCCUAUUCGAAAAAAUGCCGACUAUUGGCGCUUAGAGCAGACGGGGAAAAAGCCUAGAGAUGAGAACAAAUCUAAGACGGGGACGGUCCCAAAGACUUUGACAUUUUGGGAAUCUUCAAAAGACCAAAAGGAGUGGGAGGACUCUCUAGAGGGCCAAGAAGCCACUACCACGAUCAACGAACUCGCGACGGGUCCCGUUUACGAAGAUACUGUCGAUUUCUCCGAAAACCCUCAACCUGCACUGGGUGCUAAGGUUGUAGAGCUUGUCUCCUGGGUUUAUUCCGUCGACAAUAUUACGGAUGAGAAGAAAGCAGAGAUUGAUUCUGGCUUUAAGAAGUUCCAGAAGGCAAUUACAACUGAAGCUCCCGAGUCCGAUGGCGGGAUUGUGGCUGGUUGGGGUUCAGCUGAAUUUGAUUUCGAAGGGGUACCCAGCAAGCGUUACACACUCCUGAUCGGAUGGAAAAGUGUCCAAGCGCAUUACAAGUGCAAGACCACUCCCCCGUUCACUGAUAACAUCCACUGGUUGAUGGACAAUGGCCACAGCAAGGUAGAGAUGGUCCAUUUUCCUUAUAGCCAAUCUAUUAAAGAUUAG